AGCUUCUUCAGAACCAUCAUUCUCAGCGUUUUCUUGAAAUUUGGCGGGAAAGAGGUUGGCGUAACGAUGGAGAAGUCUUGCUUACAGUCGCCGCCGGUGAAAGUCCUGGCUGCGCAGCUGAAGCGUUGCCGCCAAGUCCCUGGCGGCUCAUGGUUGUUGGACCGGGAAGAGUACGGAUGUCCGGCGUUACCCGUGUCUCUGGUCUGGAUGCAGGGCAAAGUACUGGCCGUGGAGCAGAAUGGUUCGACUGUGCGGUUGCUGGACGAGAGCGGCUCUUUCGUGGUUUCCGGCGUGGAGAGAGUCCCUAAGGGAAAACCUUGCCUCAGCCUUGGAAAUUAUGUGAUGGUGAUGGGCUUGGUGCAGGGUUGCAUGCCAGAACCUGUCCUUCAAGCUGUGAAGAUGACGGAUCUUUCGGGCAAUCCCCUGCACAGGACUAUGUGGGAGUUGGAAGUGGAAGAUUUGCAAAGAAGCCUCCUCUGUGAAUGAAGUUGGCAUGUCAAAAUGGGAAUCCUUUCCUGCACGUCUCUCAGUAACAAAACAAAUGGGAUGGAAAUGCCUGCACUGUUUAGAAGGCAUGGAUUAAUUCCGGCUGGAUUAGCUUGUGCAAAGUAAUAUUUUGUACUUGAGGGUACUGGAUUGUUGCAAAGAUAAAAUAUCUAUAUUGAAUAUAUUUAUUGCCCCAUUGUGGAGAAUGCUCUUCUUUCUUCAGGCUGGACUUCCAUUAAAGGAGUACUGUGCUACAGAAUU